AUGGCUGCUCAAAUCCCCAAGAGUAUGAAGGCACUCCAGUACUCCAAGGAAGAGGAGUUCGGAAUCGUCAAUAUCCCUGUCCCAACCCUACGUGAGAAUGAUGUCCUGAUUAAAGUCAAGGCCUGUGGUGUCUGCGGCACAGACCUCCAUAUCCACGAAGGAGAAUUCCUUGCAAAGUUCCCUUUGGUUCCUGUCGCUGCCUACGGCCCCAAGGUCGAAGGUUUCAAUGUUGGUGACCGAGUCGUCGCCGAUAACUCAGAGACCUGCGGAUCGUGCUUCUACUGCCGACGGGGGGAGGAGCUUCUCUGCGAGCACAUCAAACUUCACGGUGUGACAAUGAACGGAGGUUUCGCUGAAUAUUGUGCCUAUCCAGCUGGUCGGGUAUUUAAGAUCAAAAACCUUUCUGAUAUUGAUGCCACGUUGCUUGAACCGGCAUCAUGUGCUGCACAUGGUGUCGAUAAGAUUGCUCCCAAGAUGGGCUCGACAGUCCUUAUGUUUGGCGCUGGGCCGACUGGUCUCGUCCUUGCCCAAAUGCUCCGACUGAACGGCGGCUGCAAAGUCGUAAUUGCUGCGCCAGAGGGCCUCAAAAUGAAUCUGGCCAAGUCUCUCAACGCCGGUGAUGAAUACAUUGCACUCUCACGCAAAGAUCCUAGCGCCCAAUUCGCCAAACUGAAAGCGGAUAACCCAUAUGGAUUCGACAUUGUCGUCGAGGCCACCGGUAGUGUCAAGAUUCUGGAAGAUGCCAUCAACUAUUGCCGCCGCGGUGGUAAGCUCGUUGUGUACGGGGUGUACGCCCACGCUGACCGCGUUUCGUGGCCACCUUCAAAGAUCUUCGGCGACGAAAUUACUAUUCUUGGAAGCUUCAGUGAAACUUACAAAUUCCCUGCUGCUAUCGAUUACCUUGAUACCGGCAAAGUUAAAGUUAACGGAAUUGUGAACAAGGUCUUCAAGCUCGAACAAUGGGCUGAAUGCUUAGAGUCAAUGAGGAAUAAAUCCGCUAUUAAGGCUGCUAUCACCUUCGAUUAA